AUGACGUCACCAUCACCCCCCCGGCAGCCAGAAUCCUCGCUAGAUUCACCUUUGCCUGACGUCACUCGGCUGAGUCUCACACGAAGCGGCAGCGGCGGGAUGAGCGGCAGAAGCGGAGGAGCCGGACACGUGUCGUCGUUUCGUUCGCUAAAGCCCCUGGAUUUGAGGAGCGAGGAGUCGCGGAAAGCGGCGAUCCCGCUGGGGCCGGAGGGCGCGGUGUUGCACGGGCGGCUCGACAACGGCGUGACGUACUACGUGCGCCGCAACGCCAAGCCGCAGCACCGCGCCGCGUUGGCGCUGGCGGUCCGCGUGGGGUCCCUAGCGGAGGAGGAGGCGGAGAGGGGAGUGGCGCACAUACUGGAGCACCUGGCGUUCAGCGCCACGCGGCGCUACAGCAACCACCACAUCACAUCGUCCCUGGCGGAGGAGGAAGCGGAGCGGGGCGUGGCGCACAUACUCAAGCUCUCUUGCAAACCCUCCCAUUCUUCUCCCCCGCGGCCCUGCAGGUCCCUGGCGGAGGAGGAGGCGGAGAGGGGAGUGGCGCACAUUCUCGAGCAUCUAGCCUUCAGCGCAACGAGGCGUUACAGCAACCAUGACAUCGUGCGCUUCCUUGAGAGCAUCGGGGCGGAGUUCGGCGCGUGUCAGAACGCGUACACGUCAGCAGACGAGACGGUGUUUGAGCUGCAGCUGCCCGUCGAUAAGCCCGAGCUGCUGCCUCACGCCAUCUCCAUUCUGGCUGACUUCGCCAGCGAGAUCCGCAUGUCAGAGGAGGACGUGGAGAAGGAGAGGGGAGCGGUGCUGGAGGAGUGGCGGGAGAGGCGCAACGCCAUGGGGCGCAUGCAGGACGCGCACUGGCACCUGCUCAUGCACGGCAGCAAGUACGCAGAGCGGCUGCCCAUCGGCCUGGAAUCAGUCAUUCGCGGAGUGCCAGCAGCCGCUGUGAAGCGCUUCUACCACACGUGGUACCACCCCGCUAACAUGGCCGUGGGCGUGGGGCGUGUGGAGGGCGUGGGGCGUGUGGAGGGCGUGGGGCGUGUGGAGGGCGUGGGGCGUGUGGAGGGCGUGGGGCGUGUGGAGGGCGUGGGGCGUGUGGAGGGCGUGGGGCGUGUGGAGGGCGUGGGGCGUGUGGAGGGCGUGGGGCGUGUGGAGGGCGUGGGGCGUGUGGAGGGCGUGGGGCGUGUGGAGGGCGUGGGGCGUGUGGAGGGCGUGGGGCUAGUGCUGCGUGCCAGCGGCCGCUGUGAAGCGCUUCUACCACACGUGGUGUGCUGGCCCACCUCUGCUGUCGUCCUCUCCUCCUCCUUCUUCCGCCCUACUCUCUCCCCCCUCUAUUUUCCUGCUGCUGCCAUCCCUCCCUCACCUCCACACCCGUCCCCCCCACCCCCUCUCUGGCGUGACCGUACCCCUGUGACCCUGUCCAUUCGCCUCCCCUCUCCCUUCAUUUCCUCCCCGCUCUUACCCUCCCCUUCGUUCCCAUUCGCUCCCCUUUCACUCCCCAUUUUCUCCCCCUCCCCCCACCAAGCAGUGGUGGCGCUGAUAGAAGAGCACUUCGCCCACAAGGCAGUGGUGGCGCUGAUAUCAGAGCACUUUGCCGCCAAGCUGCCGCUCUGCCCAUCCGCGCGCCCAGCAGUGCCUGAAGAGCCCUUCCAUUCGCACUCGCAACCGCGAUUCUCCGUCUUCGUCGAGCGGGAGGCUGGCGGGUCAGCAGUGAUGGUGACGUGCAAGGCGCCCGUGCACGCCAUGGUGACCCCAAUGGACUACAGGCAGUAUCUGGUGGAGGAGCUAUUCCAGGCCGCCCUCUCGCACCGCCUCUUCCUGCUCUCGCGCCGCCCCAACCCGCCCUUCUACGCCGCUGCUGCCACGGUGGAGGCGCUCGUGAAGUCCACACGCUCGUUCUCCCUCAGCGCCAGCUGCCAGGACAAGGGCACGCUCAAGGCACUGGAGGCUCUGUGGAUGGAGGUCGCGCGGGUGCAAGUGCACGGCAUAUCAGACCGAGAGCUAGCGAUGGCGCGGGUGCAGUGUCUGGCGGACGUGGAGUCGGCAUACGUGGAGAGGGAGCAGACGUACAGCGAGGCGCUGAGAGAGGAGUACCUGGCGCACUUCCUCAAGGAAGAGCCCUCGCCCGGCAUUGAGUACGAGGCACGACUCGCCAAGGCACUGCUGCCAGGCAUCACAGCAGCAGAGGUGGCAGCGGUGGCGUCAGAAAUCUCCCCCAGCAGCAGCUGCGUGGUGAAAAUCGUGGAGGCCAAGGCGCAGGCCACCGUGGAGGCGAUUCAAGGCGUCAUCGCCCGCGUGAUGCGCGCCAAGGAGGCCACUGUGGCUGCCAUGCGCGCUGACGCGGCUGCCAAGGCUGCUGUGCAGGCCAACGAGGCUGCUCAGGCUGAUGAGGCGAAGGAGGCUGCUGACGCGGUGAGGGAAGACGGGGAGUCGGCGGGAGUGGUGGAGAGUGGUGGAGAGGGAGGAGAGAAGAAAGGGGGAGGAGAAGGGAAUGCUGAAAAGGCAGGAGAGGGAGGAGGAGAGGGGGAUGGCGGUUUAGAGGGUGGGGGUGGGGUGGAAGGGGGAGGAGAGGGGGCAGAAGCAACAGCAACAACCGCCGCAGCAGCAGGAACAGCAACAGCUGCAGCAGCAGCAGCAGCAGGGGGCGGUGAAGCAGCAGCAGCAGCAGCAGCGGGGGGUGAAGGCGAAGAAGCAGUGGAGCUGAUAGAGCCAUGGACUCUGGACGACAUUCCCGAGAGCAUCGUGCAGACACCACCCGUACCGGGGGAGGUGGAGGAGCAGAGGGAGUAUCCGGGUGUGGGAGUGACGGAGCUGAGGUUAUCCAACGGCAUGCGCGUGGCGGUCAAAUGCACCGACUUCCUUGACGACCAGAUGGGGCCGCCUUUGAUCCGCAAGCUGAGGCGCCGCUGUUGCCACUCUAACUGCUCUAGCCGCUUUAACCAUGGCAUGGUAGACACUCCAGCCGACUCACCUGCUCACCUCCCCUCCCCUCUUGCUGUGUGGGGCUGGUGGGGGCAGAGGCGGGCUCAGCACGAGCAAGAAGAGGACGAGGAGGGGCGAGGGGAGGGGCAACAGGAAAUGCAAGCGGAGGGGCAGGGGAUGGAGGGAGAGAGAGAAGGCGUGGAGGAGGGAGGGGUGCGAGCAGGGGAGGGCGGGCUGUGUGUGUGCUCGUGCAAGGAGUGCUUGCACUGGCGCCCACACUGCAUGUGCGUGGAGCCAUUGGGCCUCCCUUCCAUUGGGCCCGAGCAGGAGCAGCUGCAGCAGCGGCAGCAGCAGCAGCAGCGGGGUGUGACCCCCUGGCAGGUGCAGCUGGUGCAUUGCCUGCAGCAGCUGCGGUGUGUGGGCUGUGAGGCAGGCGGGGGAGGGAGCGGGAUCAGAUGGGAUGCAUUGGAAGCCAAGACAGAGGGGCCAGGGGCGAGGAGGGAGGGGCGGAAGGGUGGAGGAGGAAGGGAGGAGAGAGGAGACGGAGGAGUGCUGUGCGGUGAUGAGGUGUGCGCUGUGGAGUGCAGUCUGUGGGGCUUAGAGGCAGCACUGCAGGGGGCAGAGAGGGAGAGCAGCAAGUGGAGAGCAGAGAGAGGGAGUCGGUCGUUGCUCUGUGCUUCGGCCAAUCGGCUUCUCCUGCUGGCGGCCGGGAGCGAGCUGGAAAGGCUGCUGCUGACGUGGCUUGAUGGGCCAAUGCUGCCUGAAGUUGGUGCCUUGUCAGCGCCAGUGUUGGUGGUCAGGCUGCUGACUCAGAUCGUGCUGUUGCUGACGAGGCAAGGAAGGGCUGUUGCUAAUGGUGCUGCUGCUGCUUCUUCUGGUGCUGGUGGUAUAAAUGUGCAGGGUUGCAGAGGCACAGACGCGUGCACAUGUGAGAGCAGAUAUCUAUGUGUGGGACUGUGGAUCAAGCAUGGAAGAGGGUUGGGACGCAUGGCAGCAUCCGCAUCGGAAGCAUCUGGGAGCCAUCCUCCCUCCGCUAUAACUGCUUUCGCCUCCCUUGAGAAGUCCGCUGCUGCAAGAGCAUCAUGUGUAGCGACUGCAUCUGUUGCAGCAAGUGCCAGUGCACACGCCGUGGCAUUCUUCCUUGCCUGCCUUUCCUCCAUCCCUCCCCCAACUGCAACCACCGAUGCCACGGCUGCCACCACCACGCCACCUGCUGCCGACUCUGUCCUUCGCCCUCUCCCCUGGUGCAUCACGGAGCAGUUACUGCACUCUGCUACAGUCACACUCAACACAGUGAACCCUCGCAAGCCUCCCACCCCUGAGUCUACUGCCGCCAGCCAGCUCCUCCUCUCUCCCCUCCUCUCGCGCGCUGCCCUCGCCCCCCUCCUCCGCACCCUGUCCCGCCACCCCUCCCACCGCGUGCGCCUGCGCCUUUGUGACCUCUCCCUCGCCCUCGCCCGCCUGCUGGCAGAGGCCGCAUUGCGGGAGAGGUGGCGGGUGGGGAGGAAAGGAGAGAGGGUGGUAGAAGGGAAAGGGGGAGUUGAAGUGAAGGGGAAGGAAGGGGCAGUAGGAGGGGUUGGAGGAGCUAGAGGGGAAGGAGGAGAGGACACGAGCAGGGAAGCAGAAUUUCUGCCUUUGCCCCGCCCCUCCACCUCCCUUGUCUCUGCAUACGCCCGCCUCCUCUCAUCCGCCCUCUAUUCCGCAGCCAAUGACAGCGUGCCAUCUGUCCGCGCUGCAGCUCUGGGGGCCUUGGGGGAGGUACCCUGGCUGGUGGUGGCGGGGGAAUGGGGAGGAGGAGCGGGGGAGGAAAGAAGGGGAGAGGACAGGGCGGAGGAGAUUCAACGGCAGCUGGGUGGAGAGGCGAUGCGAGGGCCAUGUGGAAUGGGGGAGGCGGAUCGGAGCAGGGCUGUGGCGGACGGGAGCGAUGAGAGCCGUGAGGGUGAUGAGGGCGGUGUGCUGCUGAUAGCGGUGGCAGGCAUGGUGCAGCGUGCGUGUGAGGCGAUGGAGGACGACUGUGCGCACGUGCGCCUGCAUGCCGUGCCACAUGGCAGCGGUGAGGGCAAUAAGGGCGGUGUGGUGCUAGCCGCAGUGGCAGGCAUGGUGCAGCGUGCAUGUGAGGGCAUGGAGGACGACUGUGCGCACGUGCGCCUGCACGCCGUGCGCCUGGUGGGACACGUGGUGGCGUGGGUGCGGCGGGAGGGAGUGGCGUUGCUGCUGCGGGGGGAGGCAAGGGGAAGGGAGAGAGGGGGUGAAGGUGUUGGUAAGCAAUCGGAACGAGGCACACGGGUCACUGGGACUGCCCACCAGCACCAGCAGCAGCACCAGCAGCAGCACCAGCAGCAGCAGCAUCAGCAGCAGCAGGCAGUGACAUGGCAAGCAGUGUCAGACAUCACAUUCCUCUCCCUCUCAGCGCGCGCCACCGACCCCUCCCCCACCGUCCGAUGCGCUGCACUCCGAACCACAGCUGCCCUCGUCUCUGCCUCACCGCCUCUCCUCCCUGCCCCUGCUGCCUCCUCUUCCCCCUCGCCGCCUCCCCUCCCAGCGGCCGCACCGCUCCUCCUCCCCGCCCCCUGCGAGGCAGCUCUCCUGCAGGCCUUCUCCAAGAAGCUCAAGCAGCCGCCACCCCCCUCCCUCUGCCCGCUGCCCCUGCUCCUCACUCCCUCCCGCCGAAGCCACUCGGAUCCACAGCUGGGUGGAAGGAGAGCGAAGCGCAAGAAGCAGCAAGAAGAACGGCAGCAACAGCAGCAGAAGGCAGUGGGACAGGGAGGGCAAGGAGAGAGCAGUGAGUGCAAGUGGCUACGGUGCCUGAGGGAGGCAGCAGCAGGGGCGGUGGUGGUGGGCAUGGAGGAUGACUAUCGUGCUGUGCGAGCUGCCGCUGUUGCUGCUGCAGCUGCCAUCGCCACACCCCAUACGCUCCAUACUGCUGCUCCAUGCUUUAACUCGUCAACCCCUUCAAUCCCAUCCUCCCUACUCCCCUCCUCCUCGCCCUCCCUGCGGGUUGCACUUGAGGCGUGCUCGCAUCUGAUUGGAGGAUGCAGUGAUGACGUGGCGGCGAUUCGAGCGCUCGCUCUUCGAUCUCUCUCCCGGCUGCUGCUCCUGUGGGGGGACCCUCUCUUCCGCUUCCUCUCCUCCUCACCCAUCCCUCUCGUUGCUGCAACUGCUGCUCCAAGCACCGGUGGCAGCAACGAUGCUGCAGCUACUGCUGGCAUCACUAGGCAGGAGCCUCUUCUUGUGCCCUCAGACGCCCCCAAGCUCGCACCUGCCCCAGUCACCACCUCACCCACCAUUGCUCCAUCCGCCACGACCUCUCUCCUGAAUGUAGUCGCCACUUUUUCCGGGCGGCGCCUCUCAGCUGUACUCGCCUCGCUACAGGACAAAUCGCUGGCUGUGCGGGCAGCGGGGCGGUGUCUGCUUGCGGUCCUGCGGCCGGCACACUCAGUCGGAGUGAGAGCGUGUGUGCGUGCACUGCUGGGGAAUAUGGAGAGGGCAGUGAGGGCAGGGGGGGAGGAAGAGGAGGAGGAAGAGGGGAGUGAGGGAGAGGAGGGAGUGGAAGGAGAGAUGGGAUGGGUGGAUGGGGGCGGUGCUUGGGGUGGUGUUGGUGGUGUUGGUGUGGGUGGUGGGGGCGAAUGGGCAGCAAUGGGAGGGCUGGGACGAGGACGGAAGAGGGGGAGAGAGAGGGAUGGGAGGGGGAGAGUGGUGGGAAAGGAGGGGAGGGAGAUACAGGAGGUGCUCGACACACUGGCCGCGAUUGGCGCUGCUUGCAGCUGCCACGUGGCAAGCAUGUGCACUGAGCUGGCAGCUGACGUGGCAGCUCUGAAGGCCUGCAGAGGGGCAAGAGCAGCCACAGCCAGCGGCGACGAGAGGAGGAAAGAGAGCGAGGGGGAGGGGGAGGGGGAAGGGGAGGGGGGAGGAGCAGCGGGUGGAGCAGGGGUAUGUGGCAGGGUUGUGUGCGGUUCUGGGGGCAGCAGGCAAGGCGCUGCCGUUUCUGUCAGCGCUGCUGCCACCUGGCCUGCUGCAGCACGCACAGCUGUACUCACAGGCUGUGCUGCUGGGCUAGCGUGCAGUGCCGUGCCUCUUCCAGGGACUCGAUGCUCGGCUCUGGCACUCCACUUGAGUGCCUGCCUCAUGGCAAUGGGAAUGGUGCAGAUCCUCAUACCCGGGGGUCUGUCCGAGAUCCUGAUAUCCGGCUACGCGUACGGGGGUCUCUCGGAGGUGUCGGAAGCGGACUACUACACGGCGGCCAUGGCGCAGAGCAUCGCGGGGGAGGCGGGCAUAUUCGGCCACCCGCCAGCUGUCAUGGCGGAGCUGCUGGCCGGCAAGCGCGUGGAGGUGGGCGGCAAGCUGUCGUCCUACAUGCGCGUGUUCUCAGGGGAGUGCUCCCCGGACGACCUCGAGACGGCUCUGCAACUGGUGUACCAGCUGUUCACGUGCAGCAUACGGGCGGAGGCGAAGGACAUAGCGCUGAUCAAGCAGAUGACACGCGAGGCCGUGCGCGGGCAGCAGCGCGACCCCUUCACUGCCUUCGCCAACCGCGUGAGGGAGAUCAGCUACGGCCGCAGCUACCAGUUCAAGCCAAUCACGGAGUCGGGUUUAAAGCGGGUGGACUACAGCAGGGCGUGCGAGUACUUCGAGAGGGCGUUCAAGGACCCCUCGCCCUUCACUGCCGUCAUCCCAAUAACAGAGUCGGAUCUGAAGCGCGUGGACUACAGCAGGGCGUGUGAGUACUUUGAGCGGGCGUUCAAGGACCCCUCGCCCUUCACUGCCGUUAUCGUCGGCAGCACUCGCCUGGAGCAGGCGCUGCCGCUCAUCAAGCAGUACCUGGGCGGCAUCCCAGUGCCUCCCCCAUCAGCCGCCAUGCCGCUCUACGAGCGCGACUCGCUCACGGCGCUGCCCUUCAAGUUCCCCGACUCCCUCAUCCGCCCACUUACUACUCCCUCUGCCCUCUCCUCCCUCUGCCCUCUCCUCCCUCUGCCCUCUCCUCCCUCUGCCCUCUCCGCCCUCCGCCCUCUCUGCCCUCUGCCCUCUCCGCCGUGUGCUGUGUGGUGCGUGGUGGGGAAGCACAGGGAGGAGGUGAGGAGGGUGAUGGUGGAGGCGCAGGGCUACACGCAGAUCACCUUCCCCCUCACCAUCCCUGCCAGCCCCAAAGUCGUGGAGGAGACGAUGUGGGUGGGCUUCCUCACGAAGCUGCUGGAGACGCGCAUCAUGCAGCUGCUGCGAUUCAAGCAUGGCCAGUCGCUCUCUUUUGAGGCAUUGACUGCCUGCCUCCCUUCCUUCGCCUGCUCCACCCCAUUUCCUUCCCCUCUCACCCGCUCCACCACGCCUUCCACGCCUCUCUCCAUUCCCACUCUCACCCUUUCCCCUCCCAAAUCCCUGCCAUUUCCUUCUACCCGCCUCCGCCCUGUCCGUUCACCUGCCUCCCCUGCCACCUGUUCCCUAUGCCACCAACCCCCUUCACCCCCCCCUCACCUUCCUCGGCAGAUCUACACGGUGGCGGCGUCGUCCUUCCUGGGGGGGGCGCGGCCAUCACGAGGCGGCGGGGUGCGGGGGGACCUGGCAGUCGCCUUCUCCUGCGACCCCACCACCGCUUGGUCCCUUGUGGACCUGAGUGUGGCGGAGAUAGAGCGAGUGCAGAGGGAGGGGCCGGAGGAGUCAGACGUGAAGACGGCACGGGAGUUGGAGCAGCGCGCACACGAGAUGGGGCUGCAGGAGAACUCCUUCUGGCUCGACCGCGUCGUGCGCGCGUACCAGACGCGCCUGUACGACGGCAAUGUGGACGAGUCGUUUCAGGCACUGGAGGACAUCCGUCUGCGUCUCAUCAGCCAGCUCAGCGCUGACUCAGUCCGCGCCAUGCUGACUCAGCUACUCCCAGUGCCGUGCUCCAAGCAGUACACAGCUGUCAGCCUCGUGCCCACUCAGCCCCUCUGGCGCCGCCUGCUGUCACUGCCGCCCAAGCAGAACCCGGGCCUCACUUCCGAAUCCAAAGCACUACUUGCUGUGCUGGCUGCUGCUGCAAUUGGAGUGGCACUGUGGCGGUGCCGACCAAGGCACUAG